AUGCAGGCGUCCGCUCGCCUCUUCUCCUCCGCGGCCUUCAGGAAAGUUUUUACACAGUGCGUCCGGUACUUCAAGAAAUGGUGUAUAAUCAUGCAAAAUUACCACUGGAUAAUCCUAAGACAGCUCCACGUCAAGUCACAGUUGAAGUCACUGAGCACCUCUUGCAAAAGGAUGAAGCCACUGGCUGAAAGACAGGUUUCUGAGCAUUCCACGCCCAAGGAUGAUGCUGAAGUGGCUCACCUCAUGCAAAAGGAGGAAGCCAGAGUGGCUGAAAGACAGGUUUCUGAGCAUUCCACGCCCAAGGAUGAUGCUGAAGUGGCUCACCUCGUGCAAAAGGAUGAACCCAGAGUGGCUGAAAGACAAGUUUCUGAGCAUUCCACGCCCAAGGAUGAUGCUGAAGUGGCUCACCUCAUGCAAAAGGAUGAACCCAGAGUGGCUGAAAGACAAGUUUCUGAGCAUUCCACGCCCAAGGAUGCUGCUGAAGUGGCUCACCUCAUGCAAAAGGAUGAACCCAGAGUGGCUGAAAGACAAGUUUCUGAGCAUUCCACGCCCAAGGAUGAUGCUGAAGUGGCUCAACUUCAAGGAACAGUUCAAGUUUCUGAGCAUUCCUUCCCUAAGGAUGAAGGUAAGGUGUUAUGCAGAGAAGACAACCCAAAGCUUGAGGAGUCCGCGAACACAGGUCUUUUGGGCAGCCUGAAAUCUUUUGCUUAUGGCAUCAGAAACUUCUGGAAAAAUAUGUAA